AUGGCAAGUAGCAGCGACAACACGACGACGGUGACUCUCCGCAGCUCGGACGGCGAGGAGUUCGUGGUCCAGGCGGACACGAUAGCGGCGGCGUCGGUGCUGAUCAAGAACAUGCUGGAGGACGGCUGCGCCGCCGGCGCGAUCCCGCUGACCCAGGUGACGGGCCGCAUCCUCGCCCGCGUCGUCGACUACUGCAAACGCCACUACGGCGACAGCGACGCCGACGCGGCCGCGUACGUCGUGAAGACCACCUUCUCGUCGGGCUACCCCGACCUGGAUCGGUUCGACACCGACUUCGUGAGCGGCGUCGACCAGGACACGCUCUUCGACCUCCUCCUCGCCGCCAACUACCUCGAGGUGCAGGGCCUCCUUGACCUGGCCUGCAAGACGGUGGCGGACCAGAUGAGGGGCAAGACGGUCGAGGGCAUGCGCGCGCACUUCAACAUCGUCAACGACUACACCAAGGAGGAGGAGGCCGAGGUCCGCAGUGAACAGGCAUGGGCCUUCGAGUAG